AUGACGAAUAAUCAGGAUAGUGUAAUUGAACAUAUUGCAGAGCAAACCCAUACUGAGGAGCCUGGAUUCGUAUCAAAUCAAGAUAUAAUUGAAAAUGAAACAAAUGAGUUGAAUAAUGGCGAAGAAUUGUUCAAUACUUCUAAUUCUGCUGGAACAGAAGAAGAAGAAAUGCAUAACAAGCAUAAAGAAGAAGUGAGUAAUGGAGAAACCGAGCAAAUUACUGAAGUUGAUACUGACGAAAUCAAUUCAAGUACAUUAAUACAGCCAGCAGAUAGUGAAUCAGAAAAGGAAUAUGUAGAAGAACCUCAUAAAAUGGAAAUUUCGCCUGAAUUAGCAGCUUUUCUGGAAGACAUGCCUUUCGGACUUGGAAAAGAUUUAAGCUCAAGAGUCAGAAAGACUGAUGAUAAAUCUGGAAUCCGACCAAAAUUACCAUCAGCUCGUGAAUUAAAAGCUGAAAGUGAAAAAUCUGUAGAAAAUGAUUCGAAAUCUAAUUCACCUCCAAAAAGUUAUCCGAAAAAGAAGAUUGUACAACCAAAGCCAAAAUCAGCUUUAGAAGAUGCAUUAGAUUUGUUCUCAAAUCCAUAUCCAUUUUCUUGGCAACAAAAACCAAAAGAAACUUCUACGCAAUCAAUUCCAAAGCCACGAAAAACUCCGCUUAAUGAAGGCUCUGCAAAAGUCUCAUCUUCAAACAUAGUUAUUGAUGAUCCUAUUGUUGAUCCAUCAGAAUCAAGCCAAAGAAUGCAAUCACAACCACCAAAACCAAUCAAAUCAUCCAAAUAUCUAUCUCAACCCCAAACUCCUCAAAUUUCAGACAAUUCCGAUGACGAUUCUAAGCCAAACUCGGUAACUAGAACACCUCCUCAACAAACUAUCAAGCAAAAACCAAACCCAGCACCAAAAUCAGACGAAAAAGUUUUACGAAAACCAUAUCAAGAAAUUGAUAUAAGUAAUUACAUGCCAUCUGCAUCAGAUAAUGCCGGAUCUCCUCAAAAACCACCAAAAGAUACUGUUCCUGCUGCGAAUGAUGAUACAACAAUGACGUUUUUAACAGGAUUAACUGAUGAUCAAGCUUAUAGAGGAGCAGACAAUCUGCCAACCUCAACAUCUCAAAUUCCAAGCUCCCAUCAGUCCAAAACUACUCGUGUGCCUAAAAAGAAGAGAAUGAAUUACGCAAUGAUGAGUUUCUUAGGUCCUCCAAAGCUUCCUGUGACAAAACCAAUAGAUAUAACUAAAUAUGAAUACAAAGAUGCAGAUUUCGAUGUUGAAGCCAAUAUUGAUAAAAUUCCACCAUUAUUAUUAGAUUUAUUAGAUUAUCCGCACGAAAGUUUAACAUUCCAUGCAUUAUGCGGAUCAUUAUUACCGAAUGUUCCUUCAGAGCAUGUUUCUCGUGUUGUUUUAGAACUGAAAAAAGUUUUGCAAAAAACAACAUCGCAAGGAUUAAUUUCUGAAUCUUGUUAUGUUGAGAAUUGCCAGGAAGACUUAAAGAAUGCGCAUUCCAAGAAGAAGGCAGAAAAAGAUCCAUCGGAAUACAAAGGAAGAUUAGAUAAAGCUCAAACAAAACUUGACAAAAUCCAUGAAAACUAUGAGAUAAAAAUGAAAGAAAUAGAAGAAGAAGAAAGCCAAGCGAUGCAAUAUAUGGAAGACAAGUUCCAACAAGAAGCAGCUUCAUUAGAUGAUGAAUGGAAUUCUGAGAAAAUGCAGAACAAAUAUAGUAAACCAAGUGCAAAAUUGAUUGAUCUUCGAAAUGAAGCAAAAAUCAACUUAAAAGCUCAUAGAUUCGAAGACGCAAUUUUGAUUGCAAAUGAAAUAUCUCAACUAGAAGAACUAGAAUCUGGAGAAGCAGGAAAAAGAAUGGCAGAAGCAUAUAACAACGCUGCAAAAAGAUUGCAACAAAAAUAUGAAAGUGAUAAAAAUGUUUUAUUGGAUACUUAUGAUGCAAAAAAGAGGAAGCUGAAAGUAGAAUUGGAACAAUCAGAAAGACCAUUCCUUACUCAAAUGGAUAAACUCAAUUUCCAAAUAACUCAAAUUGAGAAAGAAAAAGAAUUGGAGAAAAGGAAAAAUAAAAGAGAAGCAACAAUUAAAAAAGCCCAGUCAAGAAACAAUGUAAGUAAUAAACAAUUGUCCAAUAUUCCUCCAAUACAAGUGGAUGGAAAACUAAAAUUGCCUCCACUGCCUACAAUGAGCCAUAACAGAGCAAAGUCUGCUAUUGAUUCUUCUUCAACUAAGUGA